GCUGGCAAGCAGCCUCUAAUGGCGAUGUAUAUUUGCCAGGAAUGGAAUACAAGGAAAGAGGUACGUAGGUGGCUGGCGCCAGCAUAUUCCAAAUCCCACAGCAACACCAUUGUUCAAUGUCGACCGCCGACUGCCAGACAGACAGACAGAUUACACAGCUCCCUCCACCAUUACUUUAUUUAUUGCGCUCGCAUCCAAAGCCAUCAACUUACAGGCCAGCUAGAUCUGCUCCUGUUCAUCUGUUUCACCACCGGCAGGUCCUGCCUCAGUCUCACACAAGCAAACAAACCGACUAACUGGCGUAAAUUCGGAGAACUGGGAAGCUGCUAGGGCCUGGCCAUAUACUGCCGUUCGUUAAUCGUUUCGAGUUCCGCUGUUUCAGCUGUCUCGCUUUUGAUGCUCUGCCAUUUUGAGCCUGCCGCUUUUUUAUUCCAGAAUCUUCAGUUAUUAGUGCCUUUUUGGAUUGAUUGAUUGAUCGAUUGAUCGAUUGAAGCAGAAUGGAAGAGGAUUUACCUGUGCAGCAGCUGCAGACGAAUCGGUCCUUCCUUUUGGAGUCCGAUGUGGUGGCAGUUUCUUCGCCGGUCACACGCCAGAAAGCGGCGGCGGCGAAGCAGUUCAUUGAGAAUCAUUACAAAAAUUACCUGCAAGGAUUGAAGGAUCGCAAGGAAAGGCGGACGGCAUUGCAGAGGAGGGCACAAGAAGCUCGAGUGUCUACUGAGGAAGAAGAGAGAAUGCUGAGGAAUUUGGAGAAGAGGGAAACAGAGUUCAUGAGAUUGCAGAGGCACAAAGUAGGGAUUGAUGAUUUUGAGCAAUUAACUGUUAUUGGUAAAGGAGCUUUCGGUGAGGUCAGGCUAUGUCGUGCUAAAAGCACAGGAGAAGUAUAUGCUAUGAAGAAGUUGAAAAAAUCGGAGAUGCUUAGCCGUGGUCAGGUUGAGCAUGUUCGUUCCGAGAGAAAUUUACUCGUGGAGGUCGAUAGUAGGUGCAUUGUGAAGCUCUUCUAUUCAUUCCAAGACGCCAAUUACUUAUAUCUUAUCAUGGAGUAUUUACCCGGUGGCGAUAUUAUGACUUUACUGAUGAGGGAAGAUAUCCUUUCUGAAGAUACUGCUCGCUUUUACAUGGCAGAGAGCAUUCUAGCCAUCCAUUCAAUUCACCAGCAUAAUUACAUACACAGGGAUAUAAAACCAGAUAACUUGAUAUUAGACAAAAAUGGACAUCUGAAGCUCUCUGAUUUUGGCUUGUGUAAGCCACUGGAGAAGUACUCGUCAGUCCUGUUGCAAGACGAUGUUUUUGUCUCUCCAGAUUCAAUAGAUGGGGCCAAUGGGAAUUCCGGCACAGAUACUGCUCCAUGGAUGAUGGCAAGGGAGCAGCUCCAGCAGUGGAAACGCAAUCGCCGUGUUCUUGCGUAUUCGACUGUAGGAACUCUUGAUUAUAUGGCACCAGAAGUUUUACUGAAAAAGGGAUAUGGAAUGGAAUGUGACUGGUGGUCCUUGGGUGCAAUAAUGUACGAGAUGCUCGUAGGCUACCCUCCCUUUUGUUCGGAUGAUCCUAGGAUGACUUGCCGUAAGAUAAUAAAUUGGAAAGCAUGCUUAAAGUUUCCGGAAGAACCAAAAAUCUCUGAUGAGGCAAGGGAUCUUAUUUGUUGUUUGUUAUGUGAUGUUGACAAAAGGUUGGGGACCAGAGGAGUGGAAGAAAUAAAGGGACAUCCGUGGUUUAGCGGCGUGAAAUGGGACAAUCUUUAUGAAAUGGAAGCUGCCUACAAACCAACCGUCAAUGGUGAUUUGGACACGCAGAAUUUUGAAAAGUUCGAGCAAGGAGAAAUUCCUCCGUCGAAUUCGCCAAAAGUAGGACCUUGGAGAAAGAUGUUGACAUCGAAAGAUGCCAAUUUCAUCGGAUACACUUUCAAGAAAUCGGAUCUCCUUAAAUCAGCUAAAACGGCAGGAAUCGACGUGGGUUCAAAUGCAUCCUAUAAACCUCCGUCAUUAACGUCAUUGUUCGGACAGAUUAAUCUUCGCGACGAAGAUGCUGUAAUACCAGAGGAUGAUCAGAAGCCAAAAAUAUGAAGUCUUGAUCGAUGAUUCGAGUUCAUCGUUUCAAUCUA